AUGGUGGCGCCCAUAGAAGCAGUUUUAUUUGCAAAGACAAAUUUAGGUGUAUCUAACAUUGAUUUAAAAGAUAAACAGAUUUAAACUCUGAAGGCAGUUUACAAUGAUAAAGACUGCAUUGCAAUAUUAACAGCUGGCUAUGGAAAAAGUCUGAUUUUCCAAAUUUUACCAUGGUUUUUAAAAGCAAGAUUGUCUUCACUAUACACUUCAAUUGUGCUUGUAGUAUAUCCACUUAACAGUAUCAUGCAGGACAGAACCAAGGGAGAAGAUUUCAGAAAAGCAUUUAAAAGACUGUCAGAGAUAACAACCCUCUAUACAGAUGCUGCACAUUUGGUAGUCACUGCGGAUACCAGCCUUACCAAUGAUCUGCAGUUAAUUACACCUACAGUAGUUAAAAUGAAUCCAGACAGACAUAACAUAUUUAUUAAAAAAAAAUCAAGAUUGCCAAAUUUGAGAAAAUAUGAAAAAUUUGAUGACUUAAUACAACCAAUUUCAGCUGAACUGAAGGAACUGAAAAGUGAAUUUCCAGUUACUAUUGUUUAUGUAGACAGUUUAGAAUGUUUAUAUUAUUGUUACAAUUUCACUGAAAAAUUUGUUGGUAAAGAUGGAUAUCUCGGAAUAGAACAAACACCAGAAAAUAGGAUUUUCGCUCAAUAUCAUUCAAAAUAUACACCAAAAAUAAAAACACUGAUUAUUAUAAAUGAACUUUGCAAGGACAAUCCUACAUUGAGACUGGUUUUGGCAACAGUUUCUUUGGAAAUGGGAUUGAAUGCUCCUACAGUAUCCAGAAUUAUUCAUUUUCGACCUCCAACGUCAUUGGAAAGUUAUAGCCAAGAGAUUGGUAGAGCUGAGAGAAAUGGUCAACCAUCACAGGCUAUCAUUUAUUAAAAUAAUGACAUUGCAGCUAACAGGCAAGGUAUAAUAGUAAUAAGUAUUACCAAAGAGAGUUUUUUUUGCAAAGAUGAAACAUCAUGUUUGAGAAAACGGUUGUUAAACCAUUUUGGUGCUGAAUAA